AUGGCAGGUCAUCCUGUCCGUCACCAGGCUCAGAGGCUCCCCACAGUCAAGAACCCACAGAAGCAGCAGAGGAGACCCGUGGGGCAGAGGACUCCCCCAGCAGAGGAGGAGGAGUCCAGGAUGAAAUGCAACAACUGCGGGGCCUUUGGGCACUCCGCCAGGAGCAAGACCUGCCCCAUUAAGAGGUGGAGUGGGGCCCUUCCUCUGCAGCCCCUGGGCUCACACAAGGAGAAGGAGAACCUGCAACCAGCAAAGCCCCGGCUACCCCAGGCUCCAGGGCCCUUUAUGAGGAAUGACAGAAAAGAGGAGCAAGGUCUAAGGCCCCAGCAACAGCAGAGCAAAGCUCUGACGCAGACAUUUCCCAGGAGUCCCCAAGAGAAAAUAGAGGGAGCCUGGAAGGAGCCAGUGGAAGCCUGUUUCUUCCUGAGGCAUCCUACCGUGCCUCUGCCUGUCCACACCACCAAGAAGAGAUGUGCCCUGGGCCCUGUGUCCACAGGUCCACCACCUGUCUACAUACCUGGGAUGAGAUUACUCUGCCCUUCGGAUCACAAUGAUCGAGCUGAACUGAGCAUCUGUGGACCCACCAAGGGACAUGGCAGGGACAUUACUGCCUCCCUGCUCCCUGUUCUGAAGAGCUCCCACCAGAACCACAUUCUCAGUGCCAGGCCGCCAGUCAACAGGCCUGAUGUGUCCUCCCACGGUGCCCCCCAGCCUGCCAUGAAGGCGUCUGCGCUGGGUCCCGGCCUGAAAUCCCAGGCAGAAAUCAAAUGUCCCAAUGCAGACGCAAAGCCCAGACCACAGCAAGUCAGACGAAAGUGUGGCCAGGACUCCAGAACCCAGACGCCAGGAAAGCAGCCUGCCGCCAUCCCCACCCAGACCGUCCAGAACCCCACAAAGAAAGCAAGACUCAGCUCCUUCCCAACCCCCGCACUGAGAACUCAGUUCCCGGAUGUGGGCACCGUGCGGACACUCCAGCCUCCCUUCACGGCAACUGGACUUGGAUCCAGACAGGCACCCAAGCCGACCACAGAGACAGCAGCCACCAAGACAGCAACCCUGCAGCCCAGAGUCAACCUCCAGCCCCUACCCAGCUCACCUUUCCUGGGCCCAGCCCAGGGCUGCCCCGUCCUCCAGCCUGGACCACCCAUUCACGUUCCAGGGAGGCCGGGCAGUGUCACCUUCAUGAGAGGGGACAAGGGACAGGAGAGCCCCAGGUUCAGAACGUCUCCCACAUCCCACCCUCCUGAGAACUCUGCUUCUGCUCAGAGCCCUCACGUCUCAAGGGAGCCUGAGGACCGGUGUCCCCAGGUCUCAAGGAGUGUCCUCUAUGAGGACCUUCGGGUCACUUCCUCCUCUGAGGACAGUGACAGUGACUGA